GUUUGAAAACCCAACCAACAGUGUCCUUUCGUUAAUCACUUCAAGUAAAGCUAACAAAAAGUUUUUCACUUACAGUAAAAAUGAAGUGUGCUAUCAUUUUGGUGAUAGUCGCUGUAUUGUGUGUUCAAUUUUCUGUUACAAAUGGAGAAUUGGAUGUUGUAUCAGUUAUUGAAAGUAUUCCAUCUGAAGAGAGAUUGGAAUUCAUAAAAUUUUAUGCCCAACGUGGUUAUAAUUUACUUACACAACAAAACGAUGAUGAUCAUGGUGAAAACUCAAAGUCAAUGCCUGAUGAAUUUGCUAUAAAUCUUUAUGAGUACAUCCAAACACGAGAACUUAUUUGCUUUACUGAUGGAACUUGUAUAGAUGUUGGUGAUGUCGGCAUAUACCCAAAAUUCUAAAAAGAAAAAGAUAAAAUAUUUCCAAUUGCUGAAAAAUAAUUAUUAAUAAAGUUGAUUUUAAUUUA